AGAUUAUUCUUAUUCAGUGAUUCUUAAUAUUUUUGGAAAUGUCUAAGGUUCUGUACAGUUGAUGUAAAUUUUAAAAUUUAAACUUUUUACUUGUAAUUUAAUGAUUGCAUACUUUGAAGAGUGAAUAUUUUAUCAAUAUGUUUGUUUCACGUGGAGAUGUACCAAAACUAGAAGUACAAUGGUCUCCUGUACAUAAAAAUAAAUUUAUUACAUGGGGUCCUGACAUUCGAAUGUAUGAAGUAAUAAACACUACUGUUUCUGAAGGUUCUAAAAGUAGUGAUACUCCAAAAGGUUUGGCUUUAUCUUCUAAUACAUCAGCUAAUUUGUUAGCAACGAGUACUAAUCAUCGUUAUGUUAAAUGUAUUGAUAUAUAUCCAAAACCAGAGUCUGAAAUUAUGCUUGCUAUUGGACAUGCUAAUGGUAAAGUAACUUUCUGUACAUUUGGCUUAGCAACAGUCAAUAAUACAUUAGCUGGACUUGAAUUAGGACCAAAUUCACGCUUUUCUCGACAGUGUAAUGCAAUAUCAUGGAAUCCAGUUAAUUAUAAUUUAUUAGCUUGUGGUUUGGAUAGACACCGUUUAGAUCAAUGUGUUCAAGUAUGGGAUGUAGAAAAAAGUCCUUUGAUUAAUGCUGAAUUAUCACCAGGAAAACCAUUCUUUGACUAUGGAAUGGGAGAAACUGCUAAUUCUUUAGCUUGGUUUAAUUCAUCUCCUCAUGUUUUAGCUGUUAGCUGCAAUGGUAAAACCAUUCGUUGUAUUGAUAUCAGAGAUGCAUCUAAAUCAACAAAUGUAACUCAAACUCGAGCAGUAUAUGGUAUUAAUAUAGCCGUUUAUAAUAAUAACAAUAUUGUUUCAUAUUGUGAUAAUAGUAUAGUUUUGUGGGACUCUAGGCAUUUAGAAAAACCUGUUGUAACUUUAACACAAAGUAAAAGUGUUUCUAAAGUUCAAUGGUGUCCGACUAGGCAUAAUUUAUUAGGAUCAUUACAAAAAGACACUAUGGCUAUAAGUUUACAUGAUAUGCAACAAAGCAUGGAUGAAGCAGAACCUUCAGCUUUAGAAAGAACUGUACAUCCCGGACAAGGCAACAUACAUUUAGCUUCAUUUUCAUGGCAUCCAACUCAUGAAAAUAGACUAUUAGCUAUUUCUCAAACUGGUGUAUUGAAUGAUUAUUUUGUAUUUGAGAGGAUGACUUUGAAUUGGUCCACUAAAUCAAGUAUAGCUUGGACAUACGGGCAGCACAAUCUUAAAUAUAUAAGUGAUAAAGACUUAGUUUAUUCUUCAUUUGAAGAUAUAUCAACUACUAUAAAAAUGCGUGCGUUUUCACAAUAUGGCAUUAAAGACUUUGCAGAGAACGCUAAACUUGUAGAUGAUCCUAUCAUAAAAAACGUAUGGAAUUGGUUGGAUUUAAAUAGAAAAGUUACUAGGGCUGGUAUUGUUCCUACAACUCCAAAUGUACCAUUUCCAGGAAUAAAAACUGUUCUAGGUUUAGAUUCUGGAUCUCCUAUGCCUAAAUCAGAAUUAAAGCAUGUUCAGUGGGUCGAUAUUCAGGGCACAGUAAAAACUUAUCGAAGUUCAGCCAGAGACAAUGCUUUAUUUUUAUGUGAUUGGGGAUUUGACCGUAAUAAUGCAUUACAUAUAUCUGCUUUGUUAAGAAAAUUAGAAAAUGAAAAUUCUCAUACUAGAGCAGCUUCUAUAGCAAUUUUUAAUUUAAGAAUGCGUGAUGCUAUUGAAACAUUGAAUAAAGGUGCAAAUCAACAACCCAAUUUAAGCAUGAUUGCAAUGGCUUUAUCAGGUUAUAGUCCUGAUAAAUAUAGCAUGUGGCGUGAAUUAUGUUCUAGAACUAGAGAAAAAUUAACCGAUCCAUAUUUGAGAGCAGCAUUUGCUUUUCUAACAUCAGAAACAGAAUCUCACGAUGCUGUUCUAAACGAAGUUGGUAUUCCAUUAGAAGACAGAAUUGCAUUUGCUUCAAUUUUUUUGUCUGAUAUAAAAUUAACAGAAUAUAUUAAUACAAUUACAGAUAAAUUAUUAGAUCAAGGCAAUUUAACUGCAAUUUUUUUAACAGGGUCGUCUCCAGAUGUAGUUCCAUUAUUACAAAGAUAUUUAGACAGUACAGGAGAUAUUCAGACAGUUAGUAUAUUAGUCUUAAAAACAAUCCCAAGUGAAAUUGUUCAUGAAAAUACAGUAAUGAUGAGUUGGAUUAAUAGUUACCGAGAAAUGUUAAACCAAUGGCGAAUGUGGCACAUACGAGCUAAAUUUGAUAUAGCUCUUAAAGCUGUAAAACCUCCACCCCAAAAUGUAUUUUUAACUUGCAAUUACUGUGGAAAAAAUAUCUGUUCAGCAGCUGAUGAAAAAGAAAAAGAAAGUGAAAAAGAAACAAAAGUACUAAGAAUAAAAGACCAAACAGAAAAUGGAUCAAAUAAUUUUAAAUUUACAUCAUGUCCUAAUUGUCAAAGUCCGCUGCCUCGGUGUGCACUAUGUCUUGCACACUUAGGCACUGCUAGUGCCAAAGUACCAUUAAGAAAAACAUCUGGUAAACAAUUAACAUCUAAUAGUUCAUAUGUAUUAACUGGGCAAAGUGUUAAUAGUUUUUCAUAUUGGUUUUCGUGGUGUCCUACAUGUAAUCAUGGAGGUCAUUCUAACCAUAUCAGUGACUGGUUUAAGAAUCACUUGGAAUGUCCAGUCGCUGAUUGUGUUUGUCGAUGUUAUUCUUUGGAUUCAACAAGUCGCUAUUGUUCAGUAUAGCACCAGGGGUCAGUUAAAAAAUUAACAGCAAAGUUUAGGAAAAGCAAUAAUACAAAUAAAAUAAAAUUAUUAACAGUAA